AUGGCACAUUGUUGGCAAACAGAUACAAAUCCCAGUGAAUCAAAUGAAAAACAGUACGAGCACCAAGAAUUUCAAGUAAAUCAACCUCUCUCUCCUAGCCAAGUCAGUCUGGGUUUUGAUCAGCUAGUAGAUGAGAUCAGUGGCAAAAUUCCACUCUACAAGAAUGAAAUGGAAGAAAGCUUCUUUUUUGUGCCCAGUACACCAAAUUGGGACUCAAAAAGGCAUUCAUUAGGUGAACCACACCAAAUAUCCUUGAAUGAAUUUACUUCUGAAGGUCCUGAACUCUCUUGGCAUCAAGUUAGAAAAACACCAGUAAUUGGUUUUAGUCCUUCCGUGCUACCAGAACUUCAAAAUAUGAAUCCAGAAUGCUCCUGGGGAAACUCCAUAGGAAAGUACCAUGGCACUGAUGAUUCUCAAUUCAAUACUUUUGUUGCAUCAUCUGCAAGUCUGGAUAAAAUUAACACACAAAGAGAAUUAGAACAUGAAAAUCAUAACUAUUAUAUAGGAUUUGAAAGUAGCAUUCCUCCUAUGUACUCAUCCUUCUCAACUGACUUCAUGCCAAAAGAGGAGACUAAAAAGAGUAGACAUGCGGAUAUUGUGGAACCUUCUGCAAUGCUUCUUAAGGAUCCCAAGAUGUGGGAAAGUACAUGGCUGACAACCAAAGAGCCAAUAGGUUGUUCCAUUCAGCUAGCUGAAGUACCUCAAGGCAGUAACAUGAGUCUGGCCUCCUUUUGUGAUAAAGUAAAAAAAAUAAGAGAAAUAUAUCAUGCAACUGACAUUAAUUCCAAUGCUGGGAAGAUCUGGAGUACUACUACAACAUUUCCAUAUCAGCUUUUUCCUAACACAAAGUUUAAUGUAAACAUUUUCAUGAAUAACUCAACACAGCCACUUCAUUUUAUGCCAUAUGCUAAUUAUCUUGUUAAAGACCUAAUUGCAGAAACUCUACAUUUUUGUGCAAAUGACCAGCUGUUCCCCAAAGAUUAUAGUCUAAGUAUUUGUGGCUCUGAAGAAUUUUUACAAAAUGAUCACUCUUUGGGGAGCCACAAAAUGUUUCAGAAAGAUAAAUCUGUUAUUCAACUUCAUCUUCAGGAAAAUAGGGAAGUGACAAGAAACUUAUCUCGAAAGCACGAAGAUGACCAGAGCCAGUUUUAUCUGAACCAACUUCUAGAAUUUAUGCAUAUUUGGAAAGUAUCCAGACAAUGCCUCUUAACGCUAAUCAAAAAAUAUGACUUCCACCUGAAAUACCUAUUGAAAACUCAGGAAAACACGGAUAACAUUAUUGAAGUAGUUAAAAAAAUCUGCAGUGUUCUUGGAUAUGUGGAAACCAAACAAAUUACAGAUGCUGUAAAUGAACUAAGUCUAAUUCUUCAAAGAAAAACAGAGAAUUUUUAUCAAAAUCCAGAGACUUCAGCAAAAGGCUUGAUAGACAAAGUAACAACUGAACUAUCCACGUCUAUCUACCAGCUAAUCAAUGUCUAUUGUAGAAGCUUUUAUGCAGAUUUUCAACCUGUAAAUGUGCCUGGAAGCAUUUCCUAUGAGCAUCCUGGGCUGCAUUCCCACCUUAGCUUCACAGUGUAUGCCGCACACAAUAUUCCGGAGACCUGGCUGCACAGUUACAAAGCAUUUUCUUUUUCCUGUUGGCUUACAUAUGCUGGAAAAAAGCUGUGCCAAGUGAGAAAUUACAGAAAUAUUCCAGUCAAAAAAUUAUUUUUUUUCUUGGUCAACUGGAAUGAAACGAUAAAUUUUCCUCUUGAAAUAAAGUCACUUCCAAGGGAAUCCAUGCUCACUAUAAAACUGUUUGGGAUUGUCAGUGCAACCAACACUGCAAAUUUACUGGCCUGGACUUGUUCUCCAUUAUUUCCAAAAGAAAAAUUCAUUCUCGGGUCUAUGCUAUUCAGCAUGACAUUUCAGAGUGAGCCUCCCAUAGAAAUGAUCGCUCCAGGAGUGCUGGAUAUAAGUCAGCCAUCCCCAGUGACCCUGCAGAUUGAUUUUCCAGCUACUGGGUGGGAGUAUAUUAAACCUGAUUCUGAAGAGAACAAAAUUAAUCUUGAAGAACCACCAUCAGAGUGUCUGAAACAUAUUGCCAAACUGUCACAGAAACAGUCUCCCUUACUACUCUCUGAGGAAAAGAGAAGAUACUUAUGGUUUUAUCGCUUCUACUGCAAUCAUGAAAACUGCUCCCUUCCUUUGGUCCUUGGUAGUGCCCCUGGAUGGGAUGAAAGGACUGUUUCAGAAAUGCAUACAAUUUUGAGAAGAUGGACAUUUUCUCACCCUUUGGAGGCACUUGGGCUUUUGACUUCCAGUUUUCCAGAUCAAGAAAUUCGUCAAGUGGCAGUUCAACAAUUAGACAAACUAUUGAAUGAUGAACUACUGGAAUAUCUCCCACAACUAGUUCAGGCUGUCAAGUUUGAAUGGAACCUUGAAAGUCCUUUAGUGCAACUUCUACUACACCGUUCAUUGCAAAGCAUCCAGGUUGCCCAUCGUCUUUACUGGCUGCUAAAGGAUGCACAGAAUGAAGCUUAUUUUAAAAGCUGGUAUCAGAAGCUGCUGGCUGCUCUCCAAUUCUGUGCAGGAAAAGCCUUGAGUGAUGAGUUUUCCAAGGAGAGGAAACUUAUCAAAAUUCUGGAAUAUAUUGGGGAAAAAGUCAAGUCUGCCAGUGACCAUCAAAGACAGGAGGUACUGAAGAAAGAGAUCGGCAGACUACAAGAAUUCUUUCAUGAUAUAAAUGCUUGCCACCUUCCUCUGAAUCCUGCCCUGUGUAUAAAAGGGAUUGAUCAUAACGCAUGUUCAUAUUUCACAUCGAAUGCUUUGCCAUUGAAGAUUACUUUCAUCAAUGCUAAUCCAAUGGGCAAAAACAUCAGCAUUAUUUUUAAGGCUGGAGAUGAUCUUCGUCAGGAUAUGCUUGUUCUGCAGAUUAUUCAAGUGAUGGACAACAUUUGGCUGCAGGAGGGCCUGGAUAUGCAAAUGAUCAUUUAUAGAUGUCUAUCCACAGGAAAAGACCAAGGUUUGGUACAGAUGGUGCCUGAUGCUGUGACCCUAGCAAAGAUCCACCGACAUUCUGGGCUGAUAGGACCAUUGAAAGAAAAUGCAAUCAAAAAGUGGUUCAGUCAGCACAACCACUUAAAGGCAGAUUAUGAAAAGGCCCUGAGGAACUUUUUCUAUUCCUGUGCUGGCUGGUGUGUGGUCACAUUCAUCCUGGGAGUUUGUGACCGUCAUAAUGAUAAUAUCAUGCUGACAAAGUCAGGCCACAUGUUUCAUAUUGACUUCGGAAAAUUCUUAGGUCAUGCACAAACAUUUGGAGGGAUAAAAAGGGACCGAGCCCCUUUUAUUUUUACUUCAGAAAUGGAGUACUUUAUUACAGAGGGUGGGAAAAACCCACAGCAUUUCCAAGACUUUGUGGAGCUCUGCUGUCGAGCUUAUAAUAUUGUCAGAAAGCACAGCCGGCUGCUCUUGAACCUGCUAGAAAUGAUGCUACAUGCAGGAUUGCCUGAGCUAAGUGGAAUCCAAGACCUAAAAUACGUAUAUAAUAAUCUUCGUCCACAAGACACGAACCUGGAAGCCACGAGUCAUUUUACCAAGAAAAUAAAAGAAAGUCUGGAGUGUUUCCCUGUUAAAUUGAAUAACUUGAUCCAUACACUUGCACAAAUGUCAGCCAUAAGCCCUGCCAAAUUUACUUCACAGACUUCUUCAUAGGAAUCCUGUUUGCCAAGUACAACUAGGUCAAUUCAAAGAGCAACGGUUUUAGGCUUCAGCAAGAAAUCCUGUAAUUUGUAUCUGAUCCAGGUGACACACAGUAACAAUGAAACAAGUCUGACAGAAAAAUCAUUUGACCAGUUUUCAAAACUUCACAACCAACUUCAGAAGCAGUUUGCAUCAUUGACUCUUCCAGAAUUUCCUCAUUGGUGGCACUUACCUUUUACAAAUUCAGACAACAAGAAAUUCAGAGAUCUAAAUCUUUACAUGGAACAGAUACUAAGUGGAUCAUGUGAAAUUGCAAAUAGUGAUUGUGUACUUAACUUUUUUCUCUCUGAGCCUGUGCAACAAACAACUGAAGAAUCAUCACUUAUGUACCUAGGCAA